UGUUCAUUCUUAAAAAAAAAAAAAAUCCAGAGUGACACACUGACUAGUAUUAUGCCUUCAUGAAACUGCAAGAUUAUUUCUAAAAUGAACAACAUUUUUGGGAACAAUUAUGAGCAGCAAACAAGGGGACGUGCACAGAUGUGAGCGCUUUCUCACCCCACUCCACUUUUGCCUGUGUGGCUAUGUCUUUAUGUUGCUUCUGCAGGAAAGGAUCCUUUGCUGCCCCACCAUUUGCCACAUCUGUUUGGAAAAGCAGGUUAAUUGCCAAAGUUUAGGUCUAACCACUAUACCGAGGAGCUUUCCAAAAACAACCACUCUCAUAUAUUUGAGUGGCAAUAAUAUAACAAAUAUAAGCCCCAAUGAGCUGACAGAUCUGAAGCAUCUAGCUGUGCUUUUCUUGGACAAUUCAAAAAUUUCAUACAUACAUCCCAAAGCAUUUUCCUCCUUGAAGAAACUGUACUCAUUGUACCUAAAUGAUAAUUACAUCCAACGUUUAGAUACAUCGAUAUUUGAUGGACUUCUCAACCUUCAUUAUUUGUACCUUCAACAAAAUCAGAUUGAUCUCCUUCCUCAAGGGUUGUUUGGCCACCUGAAAUCUGUCCGAAAUUUAUACCUCCAGAAGAAUAGAAUUGGCAUCCUUGGCAGCGAUCUCUUUUUUGGAAUGUUUAACCUUCAUACUCUAAACUUAGCCAACAACAAUAUCUCACAGAUAUCUGACUCCGCAUGGCGUCACUUAGAAAACCUCGAAAAUCUAUACCUUGAAGGUAACCGUUUAAUGCAAGUCCCAUCCAAUGCUCUGGGAUUACUCAAAGGUCUCAAAAGACUUUCGUUGUCAAAUAACCAGAUUGGAUCUAUACACAAUUUUGCAUUCUUAGGACUUAACUCUUUGCAGUACUUGUUGUUAGAGAAUGCAAAUCUUCAGGCAUUCAGUGACCAGUCUUUUAAUGGCCUGAGUAAUCUCAAACAGUUGAUUCUGAGCCGGAAUGAGAUACGUACCCUUGAUUCAAAGACUUUUACUAGCCUCAAUCAAUUAGUUUACCUACAGUUGGACAGGAAUGGCAUAGUGGCUAUAUCAGAUGACACCUUUGAAGAAAUGGGUCCUUCACUAAAAGUUCUCAACCUUGCAUUUAAUAACUUGACUUCUCUGCAGCCUCGAGUGCUUCAACCUCUUGUCUCGCUAAGUCAUCUCCAGGCGAGUUAUAAUCCGUGGCACUGUGGAUGCAAUUUGUUGUCACUGAGAAGCUUCCUCCUUUCUUCAUCUUCUAGAUUCAGUUUGCAUUGUCAGAGUCCACCACAGCUCCAGAACCGGCCACUGGGCAAUGUGAAAUUGACAGAAUUUAGAAAUUGUAUGGACAAUACAACAAAUGUAUCACCCACGUUGUCUCGUGUAUUACCAACAAGUACAGAAAUGAUGCACGGCCACAUGAAAAGCGUCACUUUCAAACCUCUCCUAAGCUCUUUGAGCACCCAUAGAACAUUCUUUGCUCAAUCAACAUCUACGGAGUCCAUUAACAUUGCACGUAGCAGUCCAGGUCGGAAUACUAACAUUUCAUUGUAUGAGAAGAUAGCCUUUCAUUUUCCACCUGUGAACCUAACCAGUAAUGGUGUGAGCCCCACACCCCCAGACAUUGUUACUGUGUCCCUUAAACCUGUUGUCAUAUGCGAGCCAACAUCAGAAGACCUUCACCAGUCUUUCUACAUUUUGCUUUCAUUUUUCAUACUGUCUUGUAUUGUCAUUUUUUUUUUUGUAUAUCAAAUUAUUCAGCUAAAAAGGAAACUUAGGACUCCAGAACACCAAGGUGACAGCGUGCUGGAAUAUUACAGCUGCUAUCAGACUGGCAGGUACCAGACAACAGAUCCCAUACACUUCCCACCGCAGAACCCCUUGCCCACUCCUGAUAUUGACUUAAUAAGACCGUUGAAGCGCUCUCCAUCAGAUUCUCAGACCCAGGUCAUCUUGUUUGAGCAUUCUGCUCUCUAACCGAUUCCACUGGGCAGCAGGAAGAUUUACUGCAGAAGGGUCUUUUUUCAAUGCUUUUUCAGUGUUCAUUGGAUGUGUACGUUAGGAUGUUUCCCCCAUGUAUAUCUCUGUAUGUCACUAUAUAGCCAUACAUAGUCUGUCACCCAUAAGGGCCCAUUGUAAAUUUAAAUAAAAAAACAAAACAAAAAAAAACAUACAUGUACAAGUGCUGACAACUGUGCAUGGAUAAUCCGUUAGGAAACUUCACUAAUUAAGGGCUCAUGCACACGUCUGUAUUUUGUUUCCAUGUCCGUUCCAAUUUAUGUCAAUGGGGCCGCAAAAAAACGGAAAUGACUGCGUGUGCAUCCAGUUUCCAUUCUUUCUAUUAUUGUCCGCAUUACGGACAAGGAUAAGGCUACUUUCACAAUAGCGUUAAUAUUUUCCGAUAUUGAGAUCCGUCAUAGGGUCUCAAUACCGGGAAAAAAACGCUUCAGUUUUGCCCCCAUCCAUUGUCAAUGGGGACAAAACGUAACUGAACAGAACGAAGUGCUCAAAAAUGCAUUCCGGUCCGUUCUCAUACCGGAGAGCAAACCGCAGUAUGCUGCUGUUUGCUUUCCGUCCUGGGAUGCGGAGCAACACGGAUCCGUCAUGACCUACAAUGCAACUCAAUUAGGAUGGAUCUGUUUUCUCUGCCACAAUAGAAAACGGAUCCGUCCCCUAUUGACUUUCAAUGGAGUUCAUGACGGAUCCGUCUUGGCGAUGUUAAAGAUAAUACAAUUGGAUCCCUUUAUAACAGAAACUGAUGGUUUUAUUAUCAGUAACGGAAGUGUUUUUGCUAAACCCUGCCGGAUCAGGCAAAAACACUAGUGUGAAAGUAACCGAAAACUGUUCUAUUAGGGGCCAGCUGUUCCGUUCCGCAAAAUACGGAAUGCACACGGACGUCAUCCGUAUUUUUUGCGCAUCGCAAAAUACAUACGGUCGUGCGCAUGAGCCCUAAAAGUUGUGGAAGUUCAGAAUAUCUUAUUUGGAACCUAUCAUCAAGGUCCUUUUACAUGGACCGAGGUUCAUACAAAUGCUUUUUUCACAUAAUUGCCUUGUAUAACGGUGGGCCGAUCACUGAAUCGGAUCUUUAUCUGUCACAUAAAAUCAUUGUUUGGCAUCAACAUGUCUCCCAUAAAAAAAAACAGCUAUGUCGUGCCAGCAAGCAGUGAACCGGUCACUCACUCCCAUACAUGUAAGGCUACUUUCACACUAGCGUUCGUCGGUCCGCUCGUGAGCUCCGUUUGAAGGGGCUCACGAGUGGACCCGAACGCAGCCGUCCAGCCCUGAUGCAGUCUGAAUGGAGCGGAUCCG